UUGCAGAUCGAUAUCGAUAAGUCGCCGCUUAGCGCGCUGCCGCGCUACGGUCACACUGAGCCCACCAUUUUUUAAAUAACUAACUGCAAGUGCUAAAUGUUAGCGUCAUUCCCGUGGUUCCUCGGUGUUUGUCUGUUAUAUUGUUUUACUUGUUAAAUUAAAGAUGUCCGGCGGGAACGAGGAUCCCACCUCCGUGGCUGUGGCGCUGCGCGUGCGUCCUCUGGUGCAGUCGGAGGUGGAUCGCGGCUGCUUGAUUGCCGUGGAGCGUACCUCGCCAGGAGCUCCACAGGUAAUUGUAAACCGGAGCGAGAUGUUCACAUUCAACCAUGUGUUCGACGUGGACGCCACCCAGAGAGAGAUCUAUGAGAGCUGCGUUCUGGCCAAGCAGAGGAAGCUGCUGCAGGGCUAUAACGUGACAAUCCUCGCCUACGGCCAGACUGGUUCUGGCAAGACCUUCACCAUGGGCACCAGCUACAACGGGGUGAUGGACGAGAGCGCGGGCGUAAUUCCGCGCGCUGUCGACGAUAUAUUUCGGGAGAUUGGCGAGCGGCAGGAGGAGUACAGCUUCAGUGUCACCUGCUCAUUUGUGGAAUUGUACCAGGAGCAGUUCUUCGAUCUCUUCUCGCCGGGCAAGAUCACGGUUGACAUCAAGGAGGUCAACAAGAGGGUGGUAAUGCCCGGCCUCACCGAGCUGGCCGUGAAGUCUGCCCAGGAAGUGACUGAUUAUCUGAUGCGCGGCUCCUCCGGACGAGCAGUGGCUGCCACUGCCAUGAACGAGACCUCCUCGCGUUCCCAUGCCAUAUUCACGCUCACCCUGGUGGCCACCAAGAAGGACAGCAAAGCGGUGACCACCUCCAGGUUUAAUCUAGUGGAUCUGGCGGGCUCGGAGCGCUGCUCGAAGACCCUAGCCAGCGGGGAUCGCUUCAAGGAGGGAGUUAAUAUCAACAAGGGACUGCUGGCCUUGGGCAAUGUGAUAAAUGCUUUAGGAGCUACCAACGCUCCUGGCUACAUACCCUACCGGCAGUCGAAGCUGACACGACUGCUCCAGGACUCGCUCGGCGGCAAUUCCAUCACCCUGAUGAUUGCCUGCGUCAGUCCGGCGGACUACAAUGUGGCGGAAACGGUGAGCACUUUGCGUUACGCGGAUCGUGCGCUUCAAAUCAAAAACAAGCCGGUGGUUAAUCAGGAUCCGCACGCGGCCGAAGUCAACAUGCUCAAGGACAUCAUUCAAAAACUGCGCGUGCAACUUCUGGGCGGCGGCAAGAUGAGCUCCUCCAUCACCAGCGCCGUGGGAGCCGCUGGCCUGGAACCCAUUCCCCCUAGCGAACCGUUGGAUAGGUCAGAAAACCAACGUCUGCAAGAGCAGGUGCGCAGCUUGCAGGAGCGAAACAGGAAACUGCAGCAGGAGCUCCACCAGUCUCUGGUGGAUCUCACAGAGAAGGAGAUGCGUGCCCACAUUGCCGAACAGGCACACGAUGCACUCCGCGCCCACGUUCUCCAGCUAAAGGAGAAACUAGAGCAGCAGCAGCAGGAACAGCAAGCACGUUCCGGUAAUGGAGGAGAUGGAGACGAGCGGCUGCGGGAGAUUAGCCAGCUGGUGGAGAUGGUGGAUGAUCAGCUGCAGCGCACGCAGGAAGAGCUGGAAUCGCAUGACCAGGAGACACGCCACCAGCUUAGCAAUGGGCACGAUCACAGCUAUGAGGCGCACGAGAUGCUCCAUUUGCAGUCGGAGGAGUACACCGACAAGCAGCUGAACUUGGCCAGCGAGCUGAGGAACAUCAACCGGCAGCUGGAUCUCAAGCAGGAGCUGCAUGUGCGCAUCAUGCGAAACUUCAGCAAGCUGGAGGCAACGGAUGAGGAUUUGAAGUUGCGCCAGUGCAACCAGAAGAUCGAGGAUCUGGAGGAGGAGCGACGCAGUCUCUUGGACCAGCUGCGCAAUAUCAAAACCAAGGAUUCCUCCGCUAAAAUUGCCGAGGAGCGCCGCAAGCGACUGCAGACGCUCGAGCAGGAGAUAGCCGAUCUGCGGCGCAAGGUCAUCUCCCAGGCCAACAUGCUAAAGAUGCGCGAAAAGGAGCGCGAGAAAAUCAAGAAUCUGAGCGACGAGAUCAAGAUCAUGAAGGAGUCCAAGGUCAAGCUGAUCCGGACCAUGCGAGGCGAGUCGGAGAAGUUCCGCCAGCUGAGGAUGGUGCAUCAGAAGGAGGUGACCCAGCUGAAAAGCAAGGACCGCAAGAUGCAGUCGGAGAUGGUGCGCCAACAGACGCUCCAUGCCAAGCAGCGGCAGGUGCUUAAACGCAAGUGCGAGGAGGCAAUGGCCGCCAACAAGCGCCUCAAGGACGCCCUCGACCGCCAGGCAUCCGCUCAGGCGCAACGCCAAAAGUCCGCCAAGAAUCACGGAACCGCGGCUGGCGGUGCCAGCAGCGCAAAGGCCGAUUCCUGGGUGGAACGCGAACUGGAGAUCAUACUCUCCCUGGUGGAUGCCGAGCACAGUCUGGAGCAGCUGAUGGAGGACCGCGCGGAAGUCAACCGGCACUAUCAUCAAAUGGAGCAGCAAACAAGCACGAAUCCUGCGGACGCCAAGGAGCAGGCCAGGCUGCUGGCCAGCCUAGAGGAAGAGCUUGAGAUGCGCAAUGCCCAGAUCUCGGACCUGCAGCAGAAGGUGUGCCAAAGCGACCUGGACAGUCGGAUUCGCGCCUUGUCGGAGGGUGUCCAAAGCAUCGCCGAGUCGCGUUCGGUGAGCAAGCAGCUGGUGAAGACCCUGGUGCAGCAGCGCCGGCAGCAGGCGCUCAGCUCGAACGAGCAACGUACUGCACUAGACGACGUCCGGGCCCAGCUUCUGGAGGCCCAGCAGAUGCACGAGUCACUGAGCAACCGACUGAAGCUGGCCGAGGCGAAACACGAGGAACAGAUGCUCAGCCAACAGCGUUCCUACGAGGAGAAAGUGGCACUUUUACUGAGGGCACCGAAGGACGAGGAGGUGGUGGUGGUAGAGGAGGAGAGCCGGCCGGCAAAAAGCCAAGCGGCCAAGUCAAAGGCGACCCUCAAGACCGAGGAUCUGUAUCACGACUACAUGAGCGAUCUGAACGACAGCCAGGAAGUAAUCACCAUCGAAAGCGAUGAUCCCGACUGGGUGCCGUCGAAGAGAAAGAAAAACAAAUCUCUGCGAUCGCAGUCCAAUUCCAUCACGGAGUCGGCGGGGGGCGGAGGGCAGGAGGCAGCAGCACAGCUCAAUGGCACUGAGGUGAGCAAUGCAUCCUCCCUCAACUUCACGGCGGCCCAGGAAGACGGCACGGCCACCACCAGGUGCAAAUGCCGCACCAAGUGCAAUGGCCAACGCUGCGCCUGCUUUUUGGGCCACACUGUGUGCUCCGAGAAGUGUUAUUGCAAGGGUCAUUGCAUGAAUCCCUUAAAUGUGCAUCAAAAGCCGCCAGACACGGAUGGAGAGCAGACCCAAAAUGAGAAUUGCGACACAUUCAUCUCGCCAGAUCAACAGCUGGCCAAGGUGGUAGCCUCUCCGAAGCGACCGCAUGACCAAAAGGACACCAGCACACCGCUGAGCGAUGUGAACAAUGCCGAGAAGGAGGGCCUCAGCGGCCCCAAGCUGGUCAGAAUGUCUGAACUGCCCUUUGACACGCCCAAGCGGAAAUUCUUUUGAAUUCUUAGCUCAUUUCCAGCAAUUUUAUUUCUCUUGUAACCAUCGAAUAAAAUGGGUAACCUAAUUAUAUGCUACUGAAGCGUUAUCAAGUAAAUAAAAUAGCUGGAAAUGAGUUGAAAUGUAAAAGGAAUUUCCGUUGAGACUGCACUACUGGAGUGAUCCGGAGCAUCUUUAGAUUUAUUUGUUAAGACUUUGUUCAUCGUCACCUGUCAUGUUUCGUAUAUUUACAUUACCAUUCUAUUUAAAUAGAUUAUAACAGUUGAUAAUACAAGUUUAUAUACAUAUAAUUUAUAGCAGAUGAUUAAUUGCACCCACUUUAGCACAAAAAUAAAACGGGAGCCAACCACAGAAA